CGCUGCAUCCAACCGCUUCCCAAUCGCAGUCCCAUGGUUCGCCUCGCCUUUUUCCGUUGAAGUAAUAUAAUCCAACCCCUCUCAUCUACCCAGCUACCCCUCCAAGCUAAUGCACCCCUGGGGGCCACUCCGCAGCUUCAACAAAUCGCCAGACCGCGAAACAAAUCCAACCAUGGCUCUCCGUACGCCUACAUGUCCCUCGAUCCCAGGGACUGCACGAUCCACUCCCCAUGCCAGCCACGCGAGAACUCUCACCUGAAACACGAAUCAUUCGCGCUCGUGAGCGAUGCAAUGCGAGUAUCCGCCAGCCCACGGGAACUUGCCCUGCCCUGCCCUGCCCUGCCCUGCCCGCUCCACUCCACACUGACACUCCAACCCCCAUCAUCCCAGCCUCCCACCACACCCGCAUAUGCGUCCUCCAACCCGCGUGCGCAUAUCCUCGGUCCAGCAAUCCCGCAACACACCUACAUAUGCACUCCUCCCGAGUAUCCCCAAACCCCGCCGGUGUGCUCCAUCCACGUGCAUGCAAGCGCCGCAAUUCCCUCUCCCCCUUCUGCCCUUCACCCCCAAAAGAUGCUACCGCUACUACCGCGGUACCUCAGAAGGCCGCAGCAGUCCGAGCCGACAUCGCACGAGGCCCCAGCCCUUGCGUUACGCUGCUGCUGCUGCUGCAACGCAAACAAUGUAUGCAACCUACCCGCGCAUCCUAGGCCACGUGCGCCCAUUCUCUUCCCAUGCCCGAGCCUCACGCCACUUGCAGCUCACCCCGCUAGUUCCAUCCCUUAAUCUCCAAAAAGCAAAAAAAAGAAAAAGAAAGCAGUUGCGAAACCUUGCGAUUUGGCGCGCAAAAC